AAAAAUACGAUAUAAUGAAUAAGUUUAAAAUAAGGAUAGUUGAGUCUGCAGUGGUGAACAAAGUGUGUGUGGUGUUCAAACAAACGCAGUAACAGCAGCAGCUGUGAUUGGCCAGUUCCUGUCUGUGAGUCUCGCGCUCAGGAGUCGCUCUACGUCCUCAGUAGAGGCGUUGCUCUCGCUGCUCUCUGCUCAUUGUGCGACUUCGGCGAGAGAAAUUUCCGCUUCCUGCACCGAUAAACACCAGCGGGCGAACACGCACCGAGCCGACACCAACUUAAGCAGAGGGAGAGACGGAGAGAGCCGCGGGUAUUUGCCGCCUGCCGUCAGGUAGAAACCCCGGAGACUGCGAUGUUUUCACUGUCAGGCGGAGAUUAGCACUUUCCUGUUAGCGCUGCGCUCGCCUGCACCAUCCGGAGCCUGAAAAAACAAGGCAAAGCGAAGCGCGGAGACGGAGCUAGAGCACCAGAAGAAGGACGACACACGGAGAAGGCAGACUACUACGGGUAUUCCCCCCAUUAGCUCCGUGUUAAAGCCCGUUUUCAGCCUCCAGGAUGUCGGAGCGAGGAGGGCUCCCGCGGACUGGGGGCGUCCCUUCGCCGCACAUGCAGCCCUCCAAGCCGGUCAGCAUCUCCAACCGUCCGGUCCAUAUGAACCUGUACGCUACCUGGGAGGUGGACCGCUCCUCGCCCAGCUGUGUGCCGAGGCUUUUCAAUCUGACCCUGAAGAAGCUGAUCAUGCUGAAGGAGCUGGAUAAGGACCUCACCUCAGUCGUCAUCGCGGUCAAACUGCAGGGCUCCAAGCGGAUCCUGCGCUCCAAUGAGAUCUUGCUGUCCUCGGCAGGACUGACGGAGACCGAUCUGCAGCUCACCUUCUCCCUCCAGUAUCCACACUUCUUAAAGAGAGAUGCCAACAAGCUUCAGAUCAUGCUGCAGAGGCGUAAGCGAUACAAGAACAGGACCAUCCUGGGCUACAAGACCCUGGCUUUGGGUCUAAUCAACAUGGCCGAGGUGAUGCAGCACCCCAGCGAGGGCGCCCAGGUCCUGGGGCUGCACAGCCAGGUGAAAGAUGCCUCAGUGCCCGUCGCUGAGAUCAGAGUCUACUCCCUGUCGAGUCAGCCCAUCGAUCACGAGGGACCUAAAGCAAAGAUGUCUGAUCGUUCUCCAGACAUCGACAACUACUCUGAAGAAGAGGAGGAGAGCUACUCGUCAGAGCAGGAAGGCAGCGAUGACCCCAUUCAUGGGCAGUAUCUGUUUGAUGAAGACGAGGAGGUGAGGAAGAAGAAGCCGAGGCGUAAGCUGCCUUCCAACGCCGCUAUCACCAGGCAACCCAACAUCAAACAGAAGUUUGUCGCCUUGCUGAAAAGGUUUAAAGUCACAGAUGAGGUUGGUUUUGGUCUGGAGCACGUGUCCAGGGAGCAGAUCCAGGAGGUGGAGGAGGACCUGGACGAGCUGUACGACAGCCUGGAGAUGUACAACCCGAGCGACAGCGGGCCGGAGCUGGACGAGACCGACAGCAUCCUGAGCACACCCAAACCUAAGCUGAGGCCGUUCUUUGAGGGAAUGUCUCAGUCGAGCUCUCAGACGGAGAUCGGCAGCCUGAACAGCAAAGGCAGUUUGGGCAGAGACACGUUCAGUCCGGGGGAGCAGCCUCUUCUGGAGAAGAUGAAACCUUCCCGAAGCCGCAACCUGGAUGAGAUCCCGUCUGAGACCGACACGCUGGAGCUAACAGACCAGGAGCUGUUCGCUGAAGUGGGCCCGUGCAUCAUGGUGUCCGUGGCAGAAAAACCCCGUACACCCAUUAAGAGCAGCAAAAGUGAAGCACAGCCGAUGGCAUCGCCGAGGUUGGAUGGAGGCCAUACACCAAGGCAGAAGCGCAUUAGCACUCCGAUGAAGGAGAGACAGCUGUCCAAACCUCUCAGUGAGCGGACCAACAGCUCAGACUCCGAGAGGUCCCCGGAGCUGGGACACAGCACGCCGGUUCUGAGGAAAGCAGUGUACGAUCAGCUUAACCAGAUUUUGUUGUCGGACUCGGCGCUCCCAGAGAGCCUCAUUUUGGUCAACAGCACAGACUGGCAGGGGCAGUAUGUUGCAGAGCAGCUCCAGGUACAGAGACACCCAGUGGUCUGCACGUGCUCAGCAGCUGAAAUACAGGCGGUGCUGUCUGCUGUGCUCACUCGCAUCCAGAAAUUCUGCAACUGUAACUCGUCCAUGCCCAGACCAGUGAAGGUGGUGGCGGUGGGCAGCCAGAGCUACCUGGGAGCCAUCCUGCAGUUCUUCGUCACCCAGCUCGCCAACAAGACGUCUGACUGGCUGAACCACAUGCGCUUCCUGGUGGUGCCGCUGGGCUCUCAUCCUGUGGCUAAACACCUCGGAGCCCUCGACAAUCGCUACAGCUCCUCCUUUCUGGACGGGGUGUGGAGAGACGUGUUCAGUCGCUCAGAGCCGCCGCAGACAGGUACCACGCGUGCCGUCUCCCCUCAGGACAUAAUUCAGCAUUUCGCGCCUUUAUUCACUUCUCCAAUUUUUUCAUUUUCUCCUGCAGAUCAGUUGGAUGUGGCAGGAAGAAUUUCCCAAUACAUCAGCGGAGCUACGGUCACGCACCAGCUGCCCAUCGCCGAGGCCAUGCUAACCUGCAAGCACAGAACGCGAGAUGAAGACUCCUACCAGAAGUUCAUUCCUUUUAUUGGGGUGGUGAAGGUUGGUCUGAUCGAGUCUGGUCAGUCUCCAACAGGAGAUGCAGAGGAGGGUGUAGCAGUGAGCCUCGCUGUCCCCUCCACAUCUCCCCCCUCCCACGGCUCUCCCACCGGGAUGAUCAAAGAGACAGCCACGCCUCCCUCCUCUCCCUCCAUGGGGAGCGUGCUCACAGUUCAAGGGAGCCCCAGCAUGUCCCACGGCGUGGACGCCAUCGGCCUGCAGGUGGAUUACUGGCUGGCCUCUCUGGCAGAGAAGCGGCGGGAGGGAGAGCGACGCGACACGAGCUGCAAGAACACGCUGAAGAGCGCCUUCCGCUCGCUGCAGGUCAGCAGGCUACCAGGCGGGGGCAGCAGCGAUCCACAGGCUCAGGUCAACACCAUGGCCAUGACUGUGGUCACCAAGGAGAAGAACAAAAAAAGUUCCCACCAUCUUCUUGGGGAAGAAGCCCAAAGAGAAGGACGUAGACUCCAAGAGCCAGGUCAUCGAAGGCAUCAGUCGACUCAUCUGCUCGGCCAAGCAGCAGCAGACCAUCCUGAAAGUGUCCAUAGACGGCGUCGAGUGGAACGACGUCAAGUUCUUCCAGCUGGCUGCCCAGUGGCCCACUCACGUCAAAUACCUACCUGUCGGACUUUUCGGCUACAGCAAGCCUCCCUCGUAGGGACCUACCUACCGACCUGACCUGACCUUUCGACUGCCCUCCACACAAACGCCGCCUCUCAGCCACCCGCAGAGCUGAGGGAGGACAUAAAGCAGCUGGACUUUCUCCUUUUCCUUAAUCUCAUUUUGGCUUCAGUUGUCUUAUUUGUCUUUAGGGAGAGGAGGGAGGGUAGCGCUGGGGUGCAGUGCUGUUACUAGUCACUUUAUUAUUGCCCCCUUUCUGUGUGUGUUGGUGUGCUCCGUGAGUGUGCAUGCACACGUGAAUGUACAGUAUGUGUGUGUGUGUGGGUGUGUGUGUGUUUACAAGGGGACUACAGCACAAGUUUAUUAGCUAACUGCCUUUUAUGUUUCCGUUCUAUGGAAUGCAGCAGCAUGCAACCACUCACCGGUUUCAAGCCCUCAAAAGACCGACCCUGCCCCCCUCAGAAGACCCCCGAUCCUCACGUGCAUGCUCUAAACUAACAGAUACACCAACUGUGUGCCGCAAACAAACUCCAAAUUAGUGCAACAGCGCUUCAGCGUGUGCACGAGUCACUAAGAACGUGCAGUCAAAUAACAAAGCUGGCGUUUGAUGGAUUUUUUCCCCCCCUCACCCUCUGUUAGCAGAAAAAAAAAUGCCCUUCAACAAAUCCUGUUGGUUUAUUUUUUAAUUUCAAGGGCUUCCAUACUAUAUCUAUAUAUAUAUUUCCUCUGUAGGUGAUUUGGAUGUCUAAUGGCAAAUAUUUCCUCUUAAAAAAAACGAAAAAAUGAGAAAAAAAAACCCUGUAAAUGUCAAGUGUCCUUUAAAAAAGUGCAGUAGUGAGAAAUGUCCAACCCUUCCCUGCAAAGCUGUCGUGAUGCAUAGUGUUUGUUACUGUGAAGAGAUCCAAGACAUCAGGGCAGGGGCUACCGUAGUGUGCGUUUUCUUUCAUCUUUAUUUGCUAUGCACUUACCGUACGAUUACACGUGGACCGUUUUGAGUGUUUAAAAAAUAACAAUAAUAAAGGUUUAACUCUCGUUAACAGCAGAAAUAAAUACAUAUGCAACAGAAAGCAGCAACAUGCAUGUUUAAACCAUCCGAAACUCUUACAGCACUUAACGGGAAAAGCUUUGUUUUUUUCUUUCAGUGUUCGUGCUGUAAAAAUGGGAGUUAGUUACUUGCAGUGAAGCACAACGUUGUGGCCGAUGUCCCCCCACCCCCCACCUGAAAAAAACCCGUCCUCGUUUUAUUGGCUAGACUGGCAGCUUUGUUUUCAGUGGGAACAGCAGACCUGGUGGAAACUCCCACAGAGCGUGCCCGUUUUCUUUCAGCUCCUUACUGACCUUUUUUUUUUUUGUUGUUGUUUGUUUUGGUCUCUCCACUACACGCUUUCUCUAGGAUGUCAUGAGGUGAUUAGUGAGUGUACAGUAACUGGUAACAAGUGUGUGUGUGUGUGUGUGUGUGGUGAAGUACAUGUAAUGUGAUCAGAAACUUUAAAAAAAAUCACUUGAGAGGAGAAAUAGUUUUUUUACCAUGUGACAGAGGGCAUGCAGUUGGUGUGUAAGUGUGCGUCUGUGUGUGUUGAUGUCAGUGACUAUUCGAUUAGGGCUGCAAAAGCUGCAGUUGUCAUCUUGUUGACUUUGUAGACUGGCACAAGGCGAAUAGAGUUGGUUUUUCUUGAUUAAACAGUAAAAAUUGAACAAACCAUUGGGACUAAAAUCUAAGAAUGUUUGUGGAUUUAAAACAGUUGUUUUUAAUGAUUCUGCCUUGUGUCACCUGCAUCGUAGCACUCUCCACCUCCAGUGAAGUAUUACUAAUACAGCUUUUUAAAAAUAGUGUUAAUGCCAAUUUCUUGGUUUAAAUACCUUUUAUUUUGUUCUCAAAGUUUUUUGGUUUUUUUUGUUGUUUUUCUCCUGUGUCAGUGUUUAAAGUGUUACAGUUGUGAUGUUGACGGCACAUCUCCAUCUCUGUUUUUCCUCUCCUGUUACACGACGCUUCGCUAAUGAGUGGUCACUGCCGAGCAAACACUCAGCUAGCUGCGGAUUGACUUUUUCUUUUUUUCUUUUUUUUAAGGGAUUUCAAAAAAUUUGAAUGUAUUGAAUUCAGUUUACGUGUGAACGACUGAUUAUUUUUGUUAAGACACGAGUAGAGAUGACAGACGUUUAGAAAUGAGGCUCCUCUUUUUCCUCGUGAUAACAACCACUGAAGGGCCUGACAGACAGACUGAGGGCUAACCGCCUUACAUACAAUAUGUCGGGUUUUAGGGUUCCCACAUGAUGGACUGUGGUUUGACGUAGAGGUUGCUCGAUCCAAACUAAAAACAGGAGGUUUCAUUCCAGUAUUAAUUCCUUUAGAAGAUACUGGCUUAAGCGUAAAAUGCUGCAUUUGCUGAAACGAAUCAAAGACCUUUGCUAAGAAAAUAGAACAAACUUUUAGUACAACUUUAAAAUAACCCAUACAUACAGAGACUUUACAGUUUAUUUACUCCAUUCAAAUGAAUCUAAGAUCCAGAACUGAGCUGCUGUACCGCUUGAAGGAAACAAAAUUUGGGUCACAAUCAAGAUUUAAUCCUUUAGAUUAAAUCUUGAUUUUUUUUUUUUAAAUCAAUCAAUCAAUCCUCCUGGAAACAGAGAGGAGAAACUUAAGAGUUAAAGUGUCAAAUAAGAGUUGGUGGAGACCAAAACUGAGCUAAAAGCACAGAGAACAUUGGGCUUCUAUUCGCCCGAUGAACAGAUAAACAAUUAGAAUUAAAUGAUCAAGCUUCUUUAAAUCUGUCUGAUCUUUAAAUAAGAAACUGCAAAUGCGUUUAUUAGUUUAAUAUAGCAAACAUGUUCUGUUGUGUCCCCCGUUUAGAAACUAAAAACGUUCCCAGUCCACAUUUAACUCCUUCCAUUAAAGUCAGCCAGAGUUGAGUUUCUGCAUCGUUAGGUCAGCAAAAUAAGAACUGUGAAAAUAAUAAUUAAAAUACAAGAUGCACUAUGUGGACAAAAGACCUGGGCCAGCUACAUGUUACACAUGGAAACGCAUGCUGUGAAGCUCCCGGCGCACAGUUUUUGUGCUGAUGUUAAUGUCUAUGCCAUAUCCCUCAUCGCCUGGUGACCCCACUCUAACUUUAUGUGGUCGGGGACUUCGUGGAUGAGUUGCCGUGGUUACUCCUCUUUAGUAAUAGUAUUUACAGCUGACAGUGGGAUAUUAAACUUCAAUGGUGGCACCCUGUUACAACACCUCACUCAAAUUCAAUGAGCUCUUUGCACCCGCCCAUUCUUUCACAGAUGUUGUAAAGACAGACUGUUUGGCUAGAUGAAUGAUCUUUGUGGCAACAGGUCUGAAAACAGUUGAAUUCAAACAUUAGGAGGUGUGUCUCAAUACUUUUGUCCAUAUAAUGUAUAUUAGGACUCAGUCAGUGAGGCAGUGGUUCUCUUCCCCCACUAAAUGGCAACCUCAAAACUUGUAUCAGUUCAUGGAUUGUAAGCUCUUUGCUAAAUGUAUUAACUGGUAGUGUUGAAAUAGUAGGUUUUUCUAACUUUAGUAUGGAAGUGUGGUACGGCAUUUUUAAAUUUGAGAAAUUUAUACAAUAUUUGGAACGAAACCUUCAACUUUUUAACUUAAAUUAUAGCUGGGCUCGAGUAUCUGCUGUUAGAAGAGACCUCUAAUUGAGUCAAAAUGCUCUUUGCCUUGUAGUAUUGUUAGUCAAAUUAUUGCAAUGAUGCGAUUUCCUGAAAUUAACCGUAGUCUUUUCAUGCCUCUUUAACUUGAGCGCUCAGAGGAAGAUCACUGAAACUGAGCAUUAGAGGCAUUAAAAAUCACUGCCAGAAACUAAAAUGUGAAUAAAUUGUGAGAAUAUCCAGAGAUAUGUGGGUUUUUGGUGGAUGCUGAUUGCUUAAAAACGCCCUACAUUAACAGCAAAGUGAUCCUUGUUUUGAAGUUAUUGUAUUGUCAUCACAGUCUCAUUCCUUAUCACCUAACAAAAACUGAUUGAACCCCAUUUACAUGUUCUCAUGCCGUCUCUCUGAACAAGCUGGUUGUUCUGUGCGUGUAAGUCCUGAACGUGUUGCUGUGGAAUUUUUUUUUUUAAUACCUGUACCUCUGUACCUGUGUCGAUGUGUUUGUGACGCUGUGACGAUGGUUCCUCUGUCCUUGACUAGUCGUGGUUAGAGAUUAGGAGCUGUUCGGUCCAUCGGUAAUCUGUCAGUGAUCAGCAGUGUCUUUCUCUCUCUGCCGUCCCUCUGGUGAUGAGAGAGUCUUCUUCUUCACCAAGCCUCCACAAGCUCACCUUUCUGAGAGCAUGCCGUUACUCCCUCACAUGUUUUAAUUAAAUUUUUUUGCCAUCUGUCUUCAUGGAAAUGGGAGUCACCUGUGAAAGCAGUAGAUUUCUACCCGACCGAGGUUCUGCUCAGAACAGAGCGCCCUGAGCUUGUGGACUUGUGAAGAGUAUUUUGCACAUGCCAUCGUUUCUUCAGCAGCAGUCUUCAGCUUUUUUGCCUUUUGCCUAUAACAAUACUAUAAUAAACAAUGAUGCUUGUACAUAUCAGAAUAGUACUUGUUAUAUUGUAUUCUUUAUUUUUUUUUAAUUUUUUUUUUUUUAAUUUGACAUGUUUUGUAGUACCGCUUUUUUCAUGAUUACGUUUGUCAAUCAAACAGAUGUGGGAUGAGAAGUGGAAGUGUUUCAUUGUUUCAUUGUUUUUUUUUAAAUAAAGAUAUUCUUGAUUUGUA